AAUCCAAUGAUUCGUUCUGCCAGUUGGUUGGGUUGAAGAGAUAGCCGUCGGAUUCAAACUCGAAUGAAAGGAAGCCUUCUGCAUCUGGACGGCUCAGAUUUGAUCUCUCUUCUUCCUCUCUCCAUUUCAGAGGCCACCAACAAGCACCCGACUUUUCCCCAGAAACGGUCGGGUCGGGUCGGGGUUUUUUUUUUGAAAUCGGAUUGUUGUAAUGGAGACGGAGAGUAUGGAUCGCGAAUCGUCGACGAGAAGCAUCCCUAACGAUAACGAAGCUUACCAUUUCUCUUCCACGAAGAAUCACGCCGGAGCUGCCGCCGCCGUCGUUACCAAUAUAGUCGGUCCGACGUCAACGGCUGCUGCCACUAGCGUCUACGAGCUUCUGGAGUGCCCUGUCUGCACCUUUUCUAUGUACCCUCCUAUCCAUCAGUGUCAUAAUGGGCACACGUUAUGCUCGACUUGUAAAGUGAGAGUGCACAACCGGUGUCCCACGUGUAGACAAGAGCUUGGAGAUAUAAGAUGUUUAGCUCUUGAGAAAGUAGCCGAGUCGCUUGAGCUGCCUUGCAAGUAUUACAACCUCGGAUGCCCUGAGAUUUUUCCUUACUACAGCAAACUAAAGCACGAGUCUCUCUGUAACUUCAGACCGUACUCUUGUCCUUACGCUGGCUCCGAGUGCGGUGUCGUAGGGGACAUCCCUUUCCUUGUAUCCCAUCUCAGGGAUGAUCACAAAGUUGACAUGCACGCUGGCUCCACUUUUAACCACCGUUACGUCAAAUCCAAUCCGCGUGAAGUAGAGAACGCUACUUGGAUGCUUACUGUGUUUCAAUGCUUUGGGCAAUACUUCUGCCUCCAUUUUGAGGCGUUCCAGCUCGGGAUGGGUCCCGUGUACAUGGCGUUCCUGAGAUUCAUGGGGGACGAGGAAGAAGCAAGGAGUUAUAGCUACAGUUUAGAAGUGGGAGGGAGUGGGAGGAAGCUAACGUGGGAAGGAACACCAAGAAGCAUCAGAGAUAGCCACAGGAAAGUAAGAGACAGCAACGACGGUUUCAUCAUCCAAAGAAACAUGGCUCUCUUCUUCUCCGGCGGUGAUAGGAAAGAGCUUAAACUUAGAAUCACUGGUAAAAUAUGGAUAGAGCAACACAGUCCAGAUUCUGGGCUCUGCAUACCAAACCUAUCUUCAUGAUAUCAUUCAUUCUUCUUUUUUUUUUCCUCUUUGAGAAGGUGUAUGAUGAUUUGGCUUGCACUGUUGUUCUAUCAUCUAUGUAUGUAUCUAAAACAUUUCUUGAAUGAGUUGUGUUUGAUGAUAUCAAAGUUAUAAGUGUCAUUGGUUGGGUAAUCUCAAAUGUUAAGAUUCAUUACGUACA